CAACGUAAACUCGAAUCGAAAUAUACAAAUAACUUGAACGAGCCAUCAUGAAAGGGUAUCCUAUCUAGUUUUCCAACGUUUAUGACAUAUUUGAAAAGUAGCUACUUUCACUUACUAUUAUAUUAUUAUAGUGUAUAUGAUCGAAAGGUAUACUAGUAUGAAAAUGAAUAAUCAAUUUUGUUAUCAUUUUUACACCUUCAAAUAACCAGUUUGCAAUUUUGAUGUAAUAUAUUGGAAUUAGUUAAUGUGAAAUAAUUAAUAAAUAUUAAUAAUAAUACUACAGACAUAUAGUAUCAUAAUUAGAAUAUAAAAUGACUCCAGUACCACUAGAGGGUCAUCAAACGCCUGUAACUAACAAUAUCCCACAGGAAGGAAAUCGUGGUGGUUCUAUUUCUCUUGGCAUGCUCAUUGAUUUCAUCAUACAACGUACUUACCAUGAACUCACAGUUUUAGCCGAAUUAUUACCUCGGAAAACUGAUAUGGAACGUAAAAUAGAAAUUUAUAACUUUUCAGCUAGAACUAGACAGCUAUAUGUACGAUUAUUAGCAUUGGUUAAAUGGGCUAACAGUGCUUCCAAAGUUGAUAAAUCUGCGCAUAUAAUGGCCUUUUUGGAUAAGCAGUCACUGCUUUUUGUUGAUACAGCUGAUAUGCUAGCAAGAAUGGCUCGUGAGACAUUAGUACAUGCAAGAUUACCUAAUUUCCAUAUUCCGGCCGCAGUGGAAGUUCUUACAACUGGAACAUAUAGUCGUCUACCAGCAUGCAUAAGAGAAAGAAUUGUCCCUCCAGAUCCAAUUACACCAACAGAGAAAAGAACUACCCUGCAGAGAUUGAAUCAAGUCAUUCAACAUAGAUUAGUUACUGGAAAUCUGCUUCCACAAAUGCGCAAUUUAAAGAUUGAGGCAGGAAGAGUAACAUUUCUUGUGGAGCAAGAAUUUUCAGUAUCACUUACAGUAAUGGGAGAUGGUCCAACAGUACCUUGGAGAUUAUUAGAAUUGGAAAUCUUAGUUUCAGACAGAGAAACAGGAGAUGGAAAAGCUUUGGUGCAUCCAUUGCAAACUCGUUACGUACAUCAAGUGGUUCAGUCAAGAUUGGCAGAGAGUUCAAAUCCAUUAUCUGAAGUUUAUCAUAUUUUGCACUAUUUCUGUCAAUCACUACAGCUAGAAGUACUUUACUCUCAAACAUUACGAUUAAUACGAGAUAGAUUGGAUGAUCAUAUUCACGUGGAUGAAUAUACACCAGGAAAAUGUCUUUCUGUCUCUUACUGGAGAGAACUGACUAGUAAAGAUCCUCGAUCAGAGCUGGGAUAUAAAUUAACAGUUCAGGUUGACCAACAUGAUCCUGCAAGGCCUCUCGCAAUAGUACAUGUUCCAUCCUUAGGUAGCAAAGAAAGUGAAAUAGCAGACAGAGCAAUUAGAUCAGAUCAAUUAUCAAUGGAAUGUUUGUUAGUGCAUACAAUAUAUGUACGUACCAGAAGUAGAUUAUUAGAUUUGAAGCAAGAACUGCAAACAAUGUUGAAAGAUGUUGAAUGUACUUUAGCCGGUUCACCUGCUAUUCUUUCUGUUCCAAUUUUGCAACCUUGUUUAAGAGCAGAACAUUUAUUAGUUACUGUUGAUACACAUACUGGAAUGUUGCAAUGUCAUGUGCCUCAAUAUGAAGUUCCUUUGAUUCCUGAAUUAACUGCUGCAUUAAAUGGUGAUCAUUCUCGUCUUCCGACGUUAAUAUCAGAACUAAGAUUUUGGAUAACACAACGACGAUGCGAAAAAACACUUCAGCAUCUCCCAGCAACAUCUCAUGAACGUUUGCCAGUACUUCUUCAUCCUGAUCAUCCGAUGUCAAAGAUUAGUAGACAUCGUAUGUUUGUUCAACUUCAUCGACAUCCUACAGUAAUUUUAAUAGUGGCAUUUAAGGAAAAGGAAACUUCACCAUGUGAGAUUGAAUGCUCGUUUUACCUUGCUGUAGUAAAGCAUAGUUCCAUAGAAGACGAUCCUCAUGAUGAUAGCAUUGAGACAGAAAUUCCGAAAAUGUAUCUGAAAGUUCAAAGCUUAAUUGAGUUUGAUACAUUCGUCAUAACCCAUGGUCCUUUCACCAGUGUUGAUAAUGAAACUUCUGAAACAAAUAGCCUUAAACGAAGAAGUACAGGAGCCAGUGGAAGAUCUGAUGCCAGUACUACAUUACAGAACAGAAGAUCCAAACAACCUGCAUAUUUUAUCCCGGAGUUAGCACAUGUGGUUGCACUUUGUGAUGAAAGGAUACCAUUUGUAACAUUAGCACAAGAAUUAACUAGGAGAGAUAUAGCUCAUCAAGGACUUCAAGUAGAAGCAAAUGCUACUGCAUUAGUUUUAAAACUGGUUCAGUUACCUGCCCCUUUUGCAGGUGUAAGUACUAGCUGUGCUUGGUACGCUCUUCUUAAAAGAUUGCUCAGUGUUUCAAUCAGAGUUCAAGGCAAAGGUAUGGCUAAAACAUGGAUGGCUGAGUUUGUAUUCUAUGGUAGCCCUUUAUCCAGCAGCCAUCCGAAAGAACAAGGAUUACGAAGACCAGUAUAUUUUCAAUAUGAAAUGGGUACAGCAGAUACGGUUUCGCGAACAGUAGAUGCGUUACUCAAUGAUUGGGCUCAAAUCGUAUAUCUUUAUUCUAUUGUACAUGGUUUAGCAGAAUAUUUUAAAAUGGAAAAAUAUAAUCUACGCAAUAUGGUUAGUAUAAAAUCAUAUAACUAUAGUAAGUUAGUUCUUACUUAUGGUCCUAACCGUGGAGCUACUGUUACUGUGCAAUGGAGUACCAAUGAUAAAGCAUUUAAAUUGAUUUUUGGAAAAAGUCCAACUAGCACUACUACUAAUGCUCAUUCAAUUAUGAAGGAACAACUUGAAGCUCAUUUGAAUACGCAUAGAAAUUUGGCCCAACUUAUACACAUUCUGCAUGAAACACUUCAACCCCUUACAUCGAUUAGUAAAUUGCCUACGAUUCCACAACUUUGUGUUUAUAAUUCGAGACCUCAAGUGCCAGUACAAACUUUCACUAUCAUGCCACAAUGUGUAACUCUAGUCAGAAUUGCGUAUCAGGGUAUGUAUUGUUUAGAACUUCGUCUACGAGGAAGUGGUUUAGUAAGUUUACGAGAUGGAGCAUACAGCCGUUUUGAUAGAAGUUACGUUGUAGAUGAGUUCACUCCUACACAAGGUCUUAAGGCCUUCUUAUCCAAAUAUGUGGAUGAAAGUGCAGUUUCCCGCAGAAGAUCUCAGUCAGAGGAUGACAAUCCUCCUUCUCCUGUAACAAUGGAUAGCGAUGGCGGUAGUGGGAGUGGAAAUGUAGGUUUUUUAAGCCAUCAUAGAAGUGGACCCCAAUCACCUGCACAACAAAGAGAUGGAUUAAGAUUUCAUCCACCUUUGACUCCGCCUUCUGGUAGUAACCCUCAUACUCCAGCUAGUCCACAUACUGCUAAUAUAUCGCAGACGAGUCAACAUCAAAGUUUUGGAAGUAGUCCAGCUACUUCCUUCAAUUUGGCUUCACCACCAUCACUACCACCAAAUACUCCCAAUAUGCUACCACAUCCUUCGCCAGGUUCUGGAUUAGUUGCUAAUAGUCCUUUAAACCCGAUGCAUGUUCCUAGUCCAGCUGGAUUAAUGCCAACAUCUUCACCAGGACCAUGUAGUAAUGUUCAAGUGGGACAUUCUCCAGCAGGAUCCUUUAUGCAAACUGGACAUAUAGAUGGAAGCCCAUUUCCAUCUUCACAGAGCAUGACUUCUCCAGCAGCCUCUAAUUGGCCAGGAUCACCUAGUGUACCUAGACCAUCUCCAGCACGUCCUACACAGAGUCCAGGACAUGCAGCACUGCAUAGUCCACAAGCUUCUGAUCAUAAAACUGGUACCCAUAUCUCAAGGGUACUUCCACAGCGUUCAUGGGCAGGUGCUGUACCUACGCUUCUAACUCAUGAAGCUUUGGAAUUACUUUGUUGCCCUUCCCCACAUCCCUCUGGACUUCCUGGUCCCGAUCUUUCACCGCUUGAAAGAUUUUUAGGGUGCAUUUAUAUGCGCAGACAAUUUCAACGGUUCAUACAAACUGAUGACUGUUUAACUGCAGUAAAUAGUACAGAGCCAGGAGUUGUACACUUUAAGGUAGAGAGUUUACAAUGUCGAGUUGGUUUAAAUCCACAACAUUUACAGUCUCUUCAUAUAAAGGUGCAACCACUUCCGGAACAUAAAGAUCAAUGGUCAUUGGAAGAGUUACAAAUUAUAGAAAAAUUUUUUGAUACAAGAGCAGCAGCACCACCAUAUAAACCAAAUACACUUUCUGGCUUUGGUAGAAUGUUAAAUGUCCCAUUCAAUGUGUUAAAAGAUUUUGUACAAAUAAUGAAAUUGGAAUUAGUACCUGGAUUAGCACAGCAACAACUUAAGUGGAAUGUACAAUGGUGUUUAAGGAUUCCUCCUUCUGGAACUCCAAUUGUACCAACUGGCAUGGCUGCUGUACUAGUUUGCAGAAAUAAAAUCCUUUUCUUUUUACAAAUAACAAGGAUUGGAUUACCGUAUCAAGGAGAAACACCGUCAUUGGUUUUACCGCUAGUUUAUGAUGUUAGUACAAAUUUGACACAAUUAGCAGAGAAAAGGGAUCCAAGUCCAGCUUCUGCAAUGGCAGCUGCAUCUUUACAGUUAAAAAGAUUUGCUGAAUAUGGUGCAAAUCAAUCUGAGUGUUCUCUCUUUCCUGCAGUUAGAGAUUUAUUAGCUAAUUUGACUCUUCCUUCAGAGCCUCCUGUUAUGUCUCAGAUAGUUGCAUCGCCAGCUGGUGGACAGGUAACACCAACACAGCAGAUUCAAAGUCCUGCAAUGCAAUUGCAUUCUCCUAUGGCUGGAAAUCAAGGUCCUCCACAAGCACCAUAUGGAAUUCAAGGUAUGCCCCCCAUGGGCAUAAUGGGUGGACCACCUCAAUAGGACAUGCUUUACUCUCCUAACCCCCUAAGUUUACCGAAUCAGUCAUCAUGGAUCAACUGAAUCGUAUUGUUGUAAUGUCCGUUUUAAGAAUGUGCAUAAGUCUUCUUUUUCGUUUGUCAAUACAACGGACUAAAGCGGGGAAUUGUAGGAGAGUUGUUUCAUCAAAGAAGCCUUCUUUUAUAAAAACUCAUACUACGAAAAAGCAAACUAUACGAAGGAACAUCAUUAGUAUUGAACUUAAGGGUAGACGGACCAAAUUUCACUUGAGAAUUACUUAUUAAAUCAAUGGGAAAUUAUUUUCAAUAAAUUCUAUUUAUUUUUUAAUAAUCUUGCAUCUUUACAUAAUUAUGCAUUGUUAUCAAUUAUCAGAACACCAGUUAUAAGAAAAAUGGUAUAGUAAACUCUUUUCAUAGUACAAACUUUAUUAUAUUGAGGGAUAUAUUAUGAAAAUAAUUAAACACUUUGUAAUAUUUUGUAUUCUUUAUAAAGAAAAGUCAAAUAUCAAGUUCUUUUCGUAUUUAUCGUUAGACGAUUACAUCAAAUUCUUAAAUUUAGCAGGUUAUAGAUAAAGCUGGCCACUAAAAGCAUUCUUUUUACUAUAAAACAGUGACUGUGAUACUAGUUCAAAUAUAGAAUAAAUGAACUUUACGAUUAGAUUAUGGAAUAAUAAUGUAAGAUCAUCUAUGUAAUAAAUGAUAGUUCUUAUAUGUAAUUUAAAUAUAAAUUAUCUUAAUAUGUUUAUAAUUAUACAUUAUCUUUAUUAUGUAGGCAUCAUUGAUGAUAAUAUUACCAUAAACAGAUAUCUGGUGCUGUUAAAAAUGUAUAAAUUUUGAUAGUACCACGAUGUUUCUAAUAAUAACAACGUUUUUAGUCGUAUUUGUUUCAUAGAUGACAAAAUUUUUAAGAUCUUUUAAUCGAAUAAAAUAUUUAUUUAUUCCCAUUUAUGUUAAAAAGAUCGAAUAAUUUAUAAUAAUAUAUUAUUUUUAUUAUGAUUCUUGUAAUACGAAAAUUUGGUUCAUAAGGAAGUUUCUUGAAAUAUCUUUAUAAAAUAAUUUAUAUUUGGAAACUAGAAUUUGAACAGUUGCUUUCUAUACGUACUUGGAUGUACUAUGUGUAUAAAUUAUACUAAUCCUCGAGAAUAAAAUAACUGACCAAUUACUUAAUCAUAUAUGUGCAGAAUUGUAUAUUAAUUAUUAAUAUGUAUUAAUAAGGAAAUAAUAUAUUACUAUGAAUUAUUGGAUUUAUCUCUCAUAUUUGCAAUUUUUUAACAUCUUCAUGAAAUUUUACAACAAUAAUCGUAAGGUAAUUUUUUUCUACAAUUACACUGCUGUUUGUUUAAUAAUAAAACAAUUCGUUUUUUCUUUAUGAUUAAUAUUUUGGUGAACGAUUGUAAGAAGAAAUAUGCUUCUCCAUACAAUUGAGAGGAGUUAAGAAAAAAUUUUCAAGUUUAAAAAGAAUACAAAAUCUUUAUCAUGAUUCUUGUACAGUAUAAAACAAUGUAAAAUAUACAUUAUAAAAUAUUACAAAUUUUUAUUAUACAUUUUAGUUUCUCUUAUAAACAGAGCGAUUAUAAUAUGUAUCAUUUAUACAUAUUGAUGUACUAUAGUAAAUAUAACUUAAUAAAAUAAUGUAGUAUAAUA